AUGAUUGUAAAAAAGAAUAAAAAAAACUUAACACAUUUUGCGUGGUUAGCCUUAUUAAUAAUACCAAGUUUUUAUUUCAAGAAUUUGCUUUUUGAUAAUUUUUCAAGCCUCAAAUUUGAUAAAUUCAAAAAAAAGAUUUACAAUAAAACCCUUAAGCGCAUUUCUUUGCCAAAUAAGAAUUUUGAAGAGAUGAAUAAUUAUAUACUCCAUGAUAACUUUCACUAG